AUGCACUUGUCUUGGAUCAUGCUGGCAGCGGCCACGACCGCCCUCGCUUUGCCAUCGGGUCCUUCGCCCACACCCACCUUGCCAGGAUCGUUGGCAAAACGUCAAGAUGCAGCAACUUCCUCUGCAGCAUCAUCUUUUCCGACAGGAGAUUUCAUCGCGACACAGCAUAUCACAAUUCCCGGUGUGGCAAAUAACUAUGUCACGGUCCCAGCAAAGACCAUUGACAUCGCCAUCCCAACAUGUGUCCAGACGAUCGAGCCCGACGCCAAUGGCUACAUCCCUCCCGGCGAAUGCGGUGCCAUCUGGAACUACUAUCCCAGCUUCGCGGCAGCGGCGGUGUUUGCGGCUCUCUUCGGCGUUCUGACCGUCGUCUACAUCUGGCAGGCCGCCAAGCACAAGAAGAGAUGGUGUUGGGUUAUCAUUAUGGCGAGCAUAUGGGAGACUCUGGCCUUUGUCUUCCGAGCGGCAAGCAGCAAGAACCAGCAAAGUAACGGCAUCUAUCUCGUAUUUCAGAUCUUCAUCUUGCUUGCGCCCAUCUGGGUGAACGCCUUUGCAUACAUGACCUUGGGCCGUAUGAUCUACUUCUUCCACCCCUCGCGCUCUCUCCUCCGCAUUCCGGCAGCAACAUUUGCGGCGAUCUUUGUUGCUCUUGACGUCGUAUCAUUUGCCGCAAUCCACAUCUAUAUGGGUGGCAUCGGACUGCAAGAGUUCUUCAUCCUGAUCGUCGUCGCCCUGGCAUUGAAGUUCCAGGUUGAGAUGAAACGAUUGGACAAACUUUCAGGAAAGGAGUCUCGAUCCUGGAAGCCGCUCUUAUGGGCGCUCUACUUUCCCCUUGGCAUGAUCUCAGUGCGGAUCGUCUACCGCCUGAUCGAGUUUUCUUCGGGCCACGGGAUCGACAAUGUCUUGAUUACCCUGCCGAUGCUUCUGGCUAUAGCGGUCUUCAACGUUGUGCAUCCGGCCAUGGUCAUGAACGAUCCAGAGUCGGACAUGCCGGGGCUCUUUGCGACCAUGAAGAGUGGGUUCUCUAGGAGAAAAGGGAGGAUUCCCCUUGGACAGGAUCCGGAGGAACAAGAGCUUACUAGGAGAAGCCCGAAGCCAUGA